AUGGCAAAGGAGGAUUUGAAGGAGGAUAAUGAGUUUUUCCCAUACAUCCUGCUACUAGUUGCUAUCCUGUUGUAUCUACCAUGCUUGUUCUGGCGCUUCACUGCAGCACCUCAUCUUUGCUCAGAUCUGAAAUUUAUUAUGGAAGAACUUGACAAGGCCUACAACAGGGCAAUCAAAGCAGCUAAUAGCUUUCACAGUGGAGACACUAGAGACCCCGGUAGCCUGCCUCCAGCUGUUAAUGAAAACUUGACACAGAGUUUGUGGGAGAUAUCUGAAAGCCACUUUAAAUACCCCAUUGUGGAACAAUACCUGAAGACAAAGAAAACCUCCAAAAACUUAAUAAUCAAAUAUGUUGUUUGCCGUUUACUAACACUAGCAAUUAUCCUGUUUGCAUGCCUCUAUCUGGGCUAUUAUAUCAGUCUCUCCUCUAUGACUGAUGAGUUUUUGUGCACCAUCAAAACUGGAAUCUUAAAGAAUGACACUACAGUUCCAGAACUAAUUCAAUGUAAGCUUAUUGCUGUUGGUGUCUUCCAGCUACUCAGUUACAUUAACUUAAUUGUGUAUCUUUUGGUGAUGCCUCUUGUAAUGUAUGCCAUGCUCGUCCCAUUCAGGCGAAGCUCAGACAUUCUUAAAGUAUAUGAAAUUCUGCCAACGUUUGAUGUUCUGAAACUCAAGUCAAAUUAUGAUGAUUUAAGCCUCUACCUCCUCUUCAUUGAGGAAAAUGUAAGUGAGCUUAAAUCAUACAAGUGCCUCAAAGUGCUGGAGAAUAUUGCAGGCCCUGGGAAAUGUAACAUAAUCCAUCUGUUGCCAAACCUUGGUACGAUUAAGAUGACAGAUACUGUAGAUGGGAAGCCAGCAGCUGUAAAAGAGAAGCCUGAAGAGAAAAUUACAGAAGAACCAGAAAGGAGUACAACAGAACUACAAGGUAAAGUUGGGCUGCUUGUUGUGUUUAAAUGGUGUAUCCAUUAA